AUGAGUCCAGACAGUGGGGAGCCCAUCGGUGUCCCCUUCUUCUGCUCGUACACUUUGUCGUUUAGAGUGAAAAAAGGUCUGAAGACACAGUUGGAGGAGGCCGAGGAUUUUCGCUCCCUUGAGUUGCUUCUCAGUCCCCUCAUAUUUUUCAAGAGGAAGGCCGUCAAUAGUGGUGAUAACCAGUGCGGGUGA